CAAUAUGAGGAGAAGUUGAACCCAUCCAAACAGCUUCCUUCCUCCCCCCUCCUGGCUCCGCUCGCUGGAUCUCUCCUCUUUCUCUCUCGCACCCUCUCCCCGGCGAGGUAGGAGGGAUGGGGCGGGAGGUGGCGGAGAGCUGCGUCGACGGGGUGGUCAUGCAGAUGGUGGCGGCCUACUGCGGCGGCUUCUACGCCGCCAAGCCGGAGCUCGCCGCCCGUCGCAUCGAGGCCAUCGGCUUCCAGGUCGGCCACCAGCUCACCGAGAGAUAUACUAUGGAGCGCCCUCGAUUUAGUGAUCAUCUUGAAGCAAUCAAAUUUAUCUGCAAAGACUUUUGGUCAGAGUUAUUCAAGAAGCAAAUUGACAAUCUGAAGACUAAUCAUAGGGGCACAUUUGUUCUUCAAGAUAACCAUUUCCGGUGGCUUACUCGUGUUUCUGUAGAUCCAUCUGUAGAGAGCAUGGAUGCAACUGAGAAUGAUUCUACAACACUAGGUGAUAGCGCAGCCCAAACAACAAGCAUGCUUCUGUACUUUCCAUGCGGGAUAAUAAGAGGUGCCUUGACCAAUUUGGGGAUUUCUUGUUCUGUCACUGCAGACAUGUCCAACCUUCCAGCAUGUUCUUUUGUUGUGCGCAUAAAGACAUGAGCUGCAAUAAAUGAUUUGAAUACCAUUAUAUGCAUGCUUGUGGUAUAAAGUGGUCUGUACAUUCAAGGAGGGGGGAAACCCGCCGUGUAGCUGGUCUUUUUUUUUUUUCCUUUCCCCUCUUGUUCUUACUGGCACAUGUUUACUUUUCCUCAUACCUGCCUUGUGCGCUUAUUAAGAUUGGUGUAAUUCUGUGAUCCAAAAUGUUGACAAGGGAAGACAAAUGUAAUAUUUCUCCUGAGAGACUGGCUAUAGCUAACUUUUGUUGUCUAGCAGUGGAGAGUGAUUUAUAAUUUAUUUUGCUGACUUA